CGAAUAGGCAUUCGAUGGGGGGAUUGAGGAAGUUCAAUAAAUCAACGAAGUAAUUAGUACCGGAAAAGAGUGAUUAGUUCGCAAAAGAUCUAACAAUCUUGAAGCAGACAUGUAUUAUAGUCAUGAGGGAACUCCGAUAUUGUGGAAUAAGGCAUUUUUCUAAUCAUGGGAUCUGCUAUCAUUUCACAAAGUAGCAAUCUCACCUUGUUCGACUUUACGUCGUCAGACAAUGUCUCCGAUUGGACGGAGCAAUCAGACACGGUUAGAACUGUCGGCAAAUCAAAGGCAGUGAUUGUGAUUCAAGAAACGCAAGUGUUUCGAAGAGCAGUAUUCUUCACACUUCUCAACCCUCAGUCAAACGGAGCAGGAUUUGCAGGUGUCAGAACCGAGACGACCCUGAAUUUAACCGGAUAUAACAAUAUUGAUAUCAACUGCAGAGGUCAGGGCAACAAUACUGGCUAUAAAGUUGUUUUGCGUCAUAAAGGCCAGGACAACGAGCCCUAUCCAACUUACGAGCAAUUCUUUACGGCCCCCAUGUCCACGGAAGAAUUUUCCACGGUUUCGUUGCCUCUGACAAAUUUCACAGCUUACUACAGGGGCAAAGUUGUUCCCGACGCAGAUGCCCUGGACGUAACAAAUAUCACCAGCUUCGGGUUACAAGUAUACGGGGGCGUUUACCAAACCGUUCAUCAAAGCGGCGUUUCUUCUCUUGAAAUUAACACUAUCGUAGCUACGUCAUAAAACGAUACUUCCAAUAUCAAAAAAUCGAUGAAUAUGUUUUUAAGACAAACGAACACUUGACAAUAUGAGAAAUGUCCGAGCUGUGAACUGUGUGCCAACAUUAAAGCUGUCUCUCUGUGCGACCAAAAUCCGAAUAUAAACCUCACUUAGGACAAUCUUCUGUUCGAACUGCUGUAACAAUAUACGUCAUACACAUACUUUAAAAACCUGUUUGAUCAAUAAAAUCUGUCCUCGAGGAGGAAUUCCGAUCAGA